AUGGUUUCUCUCAAUCCAGAAGCACCUGAAUUUUUCCCCACUCAUGCGAUGAAGCUUCACAAAAAAGAACAACCUUUUACGUGUCCCAAUUUCCCCACUUCCUUCUACUACGUUGUUUCUUCUUUACCUUCUCGAGAACUUCACCCUUAUGUUUACUACUCCACCACAACGCUUCCACCACCUUCUAUAACCAUUCCUUUGGCACCACAAUCUGAACCAUUCUGUAUCCAUGGAAUGAAAAAGGGACCUAACCCAGUAAACCAGAAGAAGGAUGAAGUGGUUGUAGAUGAAGACCUAAAGCGUGGCUCAAAAGGGCUUGUGCAGAAGCAAAUGUUUAAAUCUUACAUAAGUCACAGAACAAUGAAUGGUCAAAGUUCUGAAGGUACGAGGAUGAAGACUUACGUGCCGAGAAAGAAGGGAGAACAAAAGGGUCAACACAAAAGCUUUGACUUUUCAAGGAACGGAAAUAUUACGAAGCACCCAGAUGAACAGUACUGCUGGAGGGGUUAUCCUAAGAAGAAACGGUGUUUUCGUCUGUUGCCUAUUAGGGUGGAGAAGAAUGAAACCACUGUCAUGAUCAGAAAUAUUCCUAGCAAAUACAACCGAGAUAUGCUGGUGGAGUUUCUGGAUAGUCACUGCAUGAAAGUGAAUCUGAGAGACAAGGAGAAAGGCGAAGAGGCCUGUUCUUUAGCUUUUGAUUUUGUUUAUUUGCCAAUUGAUUUCAAAACUGGGAUGAACAAGGGUUAUGCUUUCGUGAACUUCACCAAAACCCAGGCAGCUUGGAAGUUUCUUUUGACAGCCUCCAACAUGAAAUGGGACUUGUUCCAGUCCCACAAGAUACGUGAAGUGUUUUCUGCACGUUUGCAGGGGAAAGAGAGAUUAGAGAAGCACUUUGAAACUAUGAGCUUUCCGUGCGAGUCCGAGGAUGUUCUGCCGGUGUGCUUUAACCCACCACGUGAUGGUGUUAUAAAAGGAAAACAAAUAACAUGUGGGAAACUGUUGAAGCGUGAACAAGUUUGA